CCGGAGAUAGGUAGCUUCCAGCUGGAGAAAGCCAGGAUUUAGCGACUUACAUAGCGACUUAGCGUCUAGCGCUCAUCGCAUAUCCACGCUAUCCACGCAUCCAAACCGUCGAAUAAUCAACUUCUCCGAUUUCUAAGCCUCACCACCAAACCACGCCAAACCACCCAAUCUCAACCCCACCGAACCGGUUGUUCCAUUUCUGCUUCGUCAGAACUUUACAACCGUGUUUCCUGUGUGUGUUGGAGCGCCUAAACUUGAACUUGACGUGCAUCAAAAAUGUGCUACAAACAUCAUGACUGCCGUCACGUUCUCUUCCCGUAGCGCGUACACUUCUGGGCAGCGUUCGACCCAUCAGAUCCCGACCAUUUCGUCGCCGCAUCCUCGUCAUAAUCUUCUAACAACCGAUCCUAACUCUAAUUCCCUCCGCGACUAUUCAAACUCGUCGGCGACUAACCCUCCCAUGACUAAUGGUGCUUCUACAAACAUGCCUUCACGACUAGGCACAGGCGGCCCAAUUUAUGCGGCACGAGAUCCCGAGCUGGCAAAUGGCCGGCCACGCACGGCGACGGAAGAGAGAGAGACGGUGGACCUCGACCGACGUCCAUUAACUGCUCCCGGAAAUAAGCAUAAUAUUUCCCUUGCGAUACCCCCAGAUGAUUCCGAUCACGAUAAACCUGGUAGAAGACUAAUUUCCAAGCCGCCGUUGCUAAGAUCGAAGAGCGAGCACAUAGUAAAACGCGAAGAUGGAGAUCAGGCAGACGAGGAAGUUCAUGAAUGGGGUGCGCGACAUGGGUUUGAAGACCAUUAUCAGUCUGAGGAUAUUAUAUCCCAACUGGCAAAUAAUUGGUACAUGUACUAUACGGAGAAACGACACGAGACUACGGGACAACCCGAAUCACCCAACUAUGCGAUCGAAGAUUGGCGUAUGCGGGAUCGCUUAAAAACAGUUUCAGCUGCUCUUGCGGUUUGCCUUAACAUAGGUGUUGAGCCCCCGGAUCAGCUGAAAACGAACCCCGGAGCGAAGCUUGAGGCGUGGCAGGACCCCUUCGUACCUCCCGCAGCAAAAGCACUCGAGCAGAUUGGGAAGUCUCUGCAAGCUCAGUAUGAGAACAUAUCAUUGCGGACGAGGUAUAAGCAGUACUUGGACCCCUCGGUUGAAGAGACCAAGAGGUUCUGUCAGUCUUUACGAAGAAACGCAAAAGAUGAACGUGUUCUCCUUCACUACAACGGCCAUGGAGUUCCAAAACCAACGGCGUCGGGAGAGAUUUGGGUUUUUAACAAAACUUUCACCCAAUACAUUCCGAUCUCUUUGUACGACCUCCAGCACUGGCUUCAGGCGCCUACCAUCUUCGUCUGGGACUGUUCCGAAGCUGGAAAUAUCCUGAACAACUACCACCGAUUUGUAGAGAAACACGAGGAAGAGGAGGAUGCGGCUGCUGCUGCUGACCCGAACUAUGAGAAGACUAAAUAUCGAUCAUACCUUCAUCUCGCAGCAUGUGCCGUCAAGGAAAACCUCCCAACCAACCCGCGUCUCCCGGCUGAUCUGUUCACGGCAUGUCUGACAACACCGAUAGAGAUGGCGUUGUGGUUUUUCGUCUUGCAGAACCCGCUCAAGACCAGUAUAUCGCCGGAGCGGGCCAAGAAACUCCCAGGUAGACUGCAGGAAAGGAGGACGCCACUUGGAGAACUGAAUUGGAUCUUCACGGCAAUCACCGAUACUAUUGCCUGGACCUCUCUACCUCGAAAGUUGUUCCGCAAAUUUUUUAGGCAGGAUCUCAUGGUGGCUGCUCUCUUCCGUAACUUUAUCCUCGCUCAGAGAAUCAUGAUGGUGUAUGGAUGUCAUCCACAGUCGUACCCGGAAUUACCCGACACUCACCAACAUCCUCUAUGGGAGAGCUGGGAUUUAGCCGUCGAUUUGGCAUUGGCGCAACUCCCUAUGAUGGAACGAAAAGAGAACGAGGGGAUCGAGUACGAAUACCAGAGUUCGUCAUUCUUCGCAGAGCAGUUAACCGCUUUUGAGGUGUACCUUGCACGAGGAGAUGCUAUGCAACAGAAGCCACCUGAGCAGCUUCCUGUUGUGCUCCAGGUCUUGCUUAGCCAGCAGCAUCGUGUCCGAGCUCUCAUCUUGCUGGGCAAAUUCUUAGACUUAGGUCCCUGGGCUGUUCAUCUAGCACUAAGCAUCGGUAUCUUCCCGUAUGUGCUAAAGCUCCUGCAGUCUGCUGCCGCCGAGUUGAAGCCUGUCAUGGUUUUUAUCUGGACCCGGGUUCUCGCCGUUGAUGUCUCCUGCCAGCCUGAUCUGAUCAAGGAUAGUGGCUACAACUACUUCUCCUCGAUCUUAAAUCCAUCCGAGGUCCUUGCUGUCGUUGACAGCGACAUGCAUAAGGCAAUGUGUGCAUUUGUGCUCUCAAUGCUAUGUAAGGGUUACCGACCUGGCCAAGCUGUUUGCAAUCAGUCCCCUAUCAUGACGUUUUGCUUGGCACACCUUAGGAAUCAAGACAAUGUACUACUUCGCCAAUGGGCGUGUCUUUGCAUCAGCCAAUUAUGGCAAGAUCUCCCAGAGGCGAAAUGGAGGGGUAUUAGAGAGAAUGCGCCCAUGAAGCUGUCAAGUUUGACCAAGGACCACGCUUGCGAAGUACGAGCGGCAGUCAUUCAUGCCAUGACAACAUUCCUAGGAAUUCCAGAUCUUACGGAUGAAGUAGCCAGAAUUGAAGAGUCCAUAGCGUGGACUUUGUUGGAUAUGGCUAAUGAUGGUAGCCCGCUUGUUCGCAAAGAACUACUCGUCUUCAUUUCCCACUUUGUUCUUCGGUACGAGAAUAAGUUUAUUGUUGCCGCCUAUGAACAACUUGUCGAAGAGAAGGAGUACCUACUUUUCCCUCCUACGGAUGACGGUCUAGAGCAUAAGAUGGGAUUGCACUAUGCGCGACCCGAUAAUCGUAAUCCAGAUGGAACGAUCAGGGCAGCUGCCCAGGGGUUGUCUUCCAACACGGUCUUUGCAGCUUGUUGGAAGCAUAUACUGGUCCUAAAUGUUGACCCCCAUCCCGAGGUCCAGCGCGAUGCGACAAUCGUCGUUGAUUACGUACACAACGCACUCCUGUCUUCGUCAGCUGGCUUCCAGGCUCAAAAUCUAAUGGAUGAGAUUCAAAGGCGUGCGCGACGAUCUCGUGGCCACAAGAAACAGCCGUCUACUUCACGAAAUGGCCUUAAGACAUCCACAUCCGAAAUUACACCCCCAGAACCUUCUCCUGGUCUUCUUAAGCGGACUGCUAGCUUGCUAUUCCAGCUACCCAGUAUGUGGGCUGGCGACUCGACCAAUUCUUCACCAUUGCCCUCCCCGGGACUUGUGAGGAAUUUGUCUCAACGGAAUAGACUUACUCUGGAUUGGGCUACUCCCCCUGAGCAGAUCGACCAAGCUAACGCCCCUGCAAAUUAUAACACCGCUGAUGAACCUGUAUCAGGAAAGUUCAAAGAACGGCAACUUGAUCAGGCACCCACCUUACCUCUUCCAAGUACGUUCUUAGACUGGUCCAUUGAAUACUUCCGGGAACCACAAAUGCAUCCUAGCGAAGCCGAGGAACCGGGAAGUACCGAAUACAACGAACGGCUAUGGAGAAGAGCUCGAAACGAGAACAUACUCAGAGAGACUCAGCCACAGAAGCAGCAUGCAGGCAGUCACAGGUGGAAUAACCAAUUAUGCAUCAUGAACAACGGUGCUCAACCGGCAAAAAUGACAUUCCAUCAAUAUGAGGACCAUCUUGCAGUCGCCGAUGAUGGCAACACGGUUUAUAUCUGGGACUGGAAGAAGCAGGCUAGAUUGAACCGAUUCUCGAAUGGGAAUCCGGAUGGAUCAAAGAUUAGUGACAUGACAUUCAUCAAUGAGGAUGAUACGGCAUUUUUAAUGACCGGCUCUUCGGAUGGUGUGCUUCGGGUUUAUCGAAACUACGAUUCUCCCAAAAAGACCGAGUUAGCUUCGGCAUGGCGAGCACUAACUCAUAUGGUUCCUAGCAACGUCAACUCGGGGAUGGUGUUUGACUGGCAACAGGUGACUGGCAAUGUGCUUGUUGCAGGAGAUGUUCGCGUUAUUCGGGUCUGGGCUGCCGCACAUGAGACAUGUAUUAUGGACAUUCCCGCACGGUCAGGGUCAUGUGUCACAUCACUGACGUCAGACCAAAUGACUGGUAACAUCUUUGUGGCUGGGUUCGGCGAUGGUGCGGUCCGGGUGUUUGAUACCCGUCUCCGACCACAAGAGUCUAUGGUAAAGAAGUGGAAAGAUGAUUCCGAUCGACAAUGGAUUAGAAACGUUCAUAUGCAGCGUGGGGGUCAGCGUGAGUUACUUUCUGCGAGCCGAAACGGCAAAGUUAAGCUUUGGGACAUCCGCAUGGAUUCGCCGCUCCGUGUUAUUCAAGCAACACGUGACACCCUCCGAACAGCGAGUACUCAUGAACAUCUACCGGUUUUCUCUGUUGGAACAUCUGCACACACUGUCAAGGUUUUCAACUUUGAUGGCCGUGAGCUCUCUCGGAUGGAGCCAUACUCUAGCUUCCUACAGCAAAACCGUGGCGCACCCAUCUCAGCCACGGCAUUCCACCCCCACCGCAUGAUUCUAGGCUGUGCAGCACGCGGUGACCAGCACAUCAACCUCUUCACGUGCGCCAAUCAAAAACCGGAAGGCAGUCUCGACUCGUUGUAAAACGCCACCUCGCUCAUCACAUACAACCGAAAAGACACGGAUAUAAUGCACCGGGAGCAGUAAUGACCAAAGACCCUUUUUAAUGUUACGAACUGACUAGAUGCAAUCCCACUUUGCU